UAUUAUUUGAGCUCAUACCAUGGCAGCAGCAGAUAUCGUCGUCAAACGUGACAAAGUUUGGGAUUGGCCUCUUCAGAAGAAUGACGAAUUUGUGAAGGUUGUGGAGGACUCAACACAUUUCGAAGUUGGUUUGGAUGCAAGGUUGUUUUCACCAAAAGAAAUUCAGGUGAAAAUGAUCGGUGAAGACCUUAUUCAAGUCAAAAUGGAGCAUGAAGCACAGAAAGGCGAUGUAACUAAUGUUAGUAGAAAUAUUAUGAGGUGCUACAGACUUCCUGAUGGUGCCGAUCCAAGCACGUUGAAGAGCAACCUUGAUGAUAGUGGAAUUCUUCAUAUUUCAGCCAUGAAGAAAACGAACUGAUCUGUAUGAUGUUUUGAUUCUGUUUUCUCGAGCGUUGAGCCUUUCUUAUUGUCUUGAAUUCGCAGGAAAACAAGUGUGAGAUUACAAUACCCAUAAUUAUCAUGACAUACAGCUUUUAUUUCUUCUCAUAUAAAUUA